CAUACUGAGCACCUGACAAAAUGGUCGCCCUCAGUAAACCCACUUUGCUGAACUACUCUUGCUACGAAUUAGGACACACUUGGACGCCGUCAUGCACAAAAGCAUCACUAGAUGUUGCAAAAAGCGUAUUUGUCGAGGCCUUGAAAAUAUAUGGAUCGUUAUAUUUUAUAGCAGGCCUUGUAAGACGUAAGGGUAAAAAGUACUAUCGAGACAAGUUUUUGAGAGAGUUGGCCCAGUCCACAUUGUUCUUGACCACGAAUGGAACGCUGUUCAUCACAUGUUUUUGUAUAUGGAGGAAGCUACUUGGGACUGUCUAUCGCAGGAAUCUAGUUAGCAGUUUCUCAUAUAGGCACACAAUAGGUUUUGUCCCCUGUUUGAUGGCUGCUUACGUGGCUAUUAUUCUGGAGAGGAAGUCCAGGAAGAUUAAUGGCAGACACAUGUACCUAGUGAACACUCUUGCAUUUCUUCCUUCUAUGAUGGCAUGUCUUAUUGCAAGUCCUCUAGAAAGAAAAUCAAGACGGGGCCUGCUUGCAAUGUAUACAGGAAACCUGGCAAUAGAAACGAUAUGGAGGAUGCUGAAGGCUCGAGGGCUGGUGAGAUCAUUGCCUAAUGGAGAGGUUCUAUUGUUCAGUGUGGCAGCUGCAAUAUACCUGUACUACUUCAAAAAGGACAAUGGAUUGCCAGCAGGAACUUUGUCAAUGUUCAAAAAAGUGUUCGGGGCAAGUGAGACACAACCUUCAGGGGAACAUGUGGUUUCCAUGGUUACUGAAGAUGUUUCUAGGUCAAGGUCAAGUUCCAGACACAAUACAGUGCAGCACAUAUGGGCCAAUGUGUUGCGAUUGUUGCAGAGCUGUCCUAGGCACAGACUAUGCAGGCACCAGCAUGCAUGUGUGUAUUAUGUGCUUGAGGGUAGCCUUAAGAUGUUUGGCAUCGGCUAUGUGAUUCAGGCUGUGAUAAAACUGUUGAGUACCAUCACCAAAGUGUUCAGACGACCUAAGACUGUGAUAUCUGCUCUGUUCAACACCACCAACCUGCAGCUUGGAGCCUUCCUCGCAGGCUUUGUUGGAAUAUAUAGAGGUUUGAACUGCGUGCUGCGCUGGUGUAGGGACAAGGAUGACAGCAUGCAUGGUCUGGUGGCAGGCUUCGUUGCUGGCUGGUCCAUGAUGUUCUACAAGAGCUCCACCAUAGCCAUUUACUCUGCACUAAGAGUGGCUGAGAUGCUGUAUUUCAAGGGUAUUGAGCUGGGCAGACUGCCGUACAUCCGCUGUGCGGACAUCAUCCUCUACAGUAUCUCUACCUCCAUUGUCUUUCAUGCAGCCGUCCUAGAACCCCACAACCUCCGCCCUGCCUACUGGAACUUUCUACUCAGGGUUACAGGCAACAGGUUUGCUGAGAUGAAUCGUAAGCUUUUAGACCCAUGGGUCCACAAUUGCUCACACAUCAAUCCAAACUUCUGGCCAAAUUAUGACAUGCGCUUCACAAAACUCGUGAAGCCAACGUCUUGAGAGGGUGACAGCUUGGGUUCAUGCAAUCUGUGAUGGAAUAUUUACAUUUUGAUUAAACGGCAGGGCUGCAUCUAUGAAAUUGUUAUGAAAAUAAUUACAUUGACUGAUGGCUUUCAAUUUUGUGAUAAAAACAACAAUCAUGAUGAAUUUGAUUGAUUUUAAUAAUAUGAGCAUAAUUGGUAAAAAAAAUGAGUUUGAUUUGAUUUAUGAAUCAUUUAAUGAACGAUGUAAUUUUCAGCAUUUUUACCAAUGAGGCUUCAUUAUUGUAUUUCAGUAUUAUGACUAGCUAACAUCAGUUUUAUAAUACAGUUUUGGAUAUUUGAUAAAAUGUUCAUGAAAUAAUUUAUAUUUAUUUCAUAAACAUCAUAAGUCCAUCACUGCUGUGUAGCUACAAUCAGUUAGAUGUUAGUAAGUUAAAGUAUUUAAAUUAUGUAAUCAUUUAUAAGGCAUUGCCAUACAUACAUUUGCUAUGAUAGGGUAUGUAUUUAUGUUUAUGCUAUCCUUUGAAAAAAAGGCAGCAUAAGGCAGUUGCACUGUCCGUCUGUGUAAAGCUUCUUGUAUCAACCAGAACUUUAUUUUUGGAAUAAUAUGUUUAAACCAAUCAGAAUUUUGCCAUAAUCUGAUGCAUUUUAAAUUACUUAUCACAAACGUCAACUAUCAUAAGAGGAUAUGUUGGUUUAACUACUUCAAAGGUCAAGGCCACACUUAAAGGUCAAAGGUUAAAUUUAGCCAUAAACAUAUUGAACAUUCCAUAUAAAAUAAAUUACCACAAAUGACCACCAUCCCAAGGCAGGUGUCAUGUGUAAAUCCCAUCUCCUUUCCCUUAAAGGUCAAGGCAAACUUAGAGGAGAGGUCACAUUUAAUCAUUAAAUGGCUUGUUGUUUUUUUACAUAAGUAGAAUUUUGUGACAAAAUUAGACAGUUGGGGUGCAUCUGUGCAUGGACACAUGUCAUGUAAUUUUAUUUUUUAAGGAAAUGUAUUUUUUAAUAAAAAAUUGAUUAAUAUGCUCCAUGAGAAUUACAUGAAACAGUAGAACAAAAGCUGUUCAAAUGAUAUUGUUGACUUAAAACAUUUGCAUUAAAUUUUGUAAAUUUACUACAUGAUUUUGUAAGUGUUUUAGCCAUUAUUGAUAUUUGUAUAUUGUCUUCCUGUGCUAUAAUGUUAAAUAUCUGCUUGAAAUUUAUUUAUACUUUAACAUAAUAUAUACUGUUUGCAGAUGUUUGAUUGUAAUACAAUACAUUUAGUAUGCACUAUAAGUUGAUAGGUUUGUGAAAUAAGAGUUAGUAAAUUUCUGCAAAUAAUAUCAUGUUUGACAUAUAUCACAAAAAUUGUCACUGAUCUUUAUUUAUGAAUGCUGCAUUGUACGUAUGUCAUUUCCAUAGUGGACCUAAUUUAAAACAAAAAGAAAUAUAUGACAGUAAAUGCUGUUUUAAUAUCUUUGAACAGUGUGUUACCAUACUUGUGAAUGAUUGAUGCCAAUAAGAGGUCUUGAGUUUCAGGUAAAGGGGCCUUACUCAGCCAAAAGGGGGUUUGAUGCAUGUGCGUAAAGUGUCGUCCUAGAUUAGCCCAUGCAGUCCACACAGGAUAAUCAUGGACAACACUGUUCGCCUACUACACUUGAUGUUUGCUAAGAAGAGACUUUCUUGAAACUAAAAAUAUCCUAAAAGCGCAAAGUGUCGUCCCUGAUGAGACUAAUCUGGGACGACACUUUAUACACAUGCAUUAAACCCCCUUUUUUCACAGAGCAUAAAUGACAGACCUAGUAAAUAUGCAUUUUUUCAUUGUUUUACAUGAAAUUUUGAUAUUGAUCUGUCAAUAUUCUAUUACCUCAACUAAUUUUUCUCAUACGACAUGCAGCAAUUCUUCAAUAUUUGAUUCAAUAUGAUCUCAUUUUAGUAGUCAAAUUAACUUGAUAAAAAAACAUUGAUUCAAACUGCAAGUAUAAUACAGGGUAUUAACAUUUAAGUACCAAAGGGACUGUUGGGGUUCUGCCCCCUAACAUACAGUUGGUUAAAGAUUGUACGAUAUUUUGCGUUAUACCCAAAUUACAUGCAUUUUGUAAACAAUAAUGAUUUUGUAUAUGUUUGUCAUUUUAUUGAAAUUGAUUUAAAAUUUGUUCAUAAUUAUGAUCAUGUUUUUAUAGUACUUGAUUAUUUAUAUAAAUUUGGAUAAAUUUAAGUGAAAGUA